AUGUCGCUGCGUUCAUUGUUGAUCGGAUUGGCACUGGCCGGCUCAGGCUUUUCGCUGGUGUCGCAAGAUGGGCAAACAGGCCGCCUACCAGCUAUGGGAUGGAGUACAUGGAACGAGUACGAAUGCGCCAUCAACGAGACCGUCAUCCUGGAAGUCGCUGAACUUCUCAUCUCUCUUGGUUUGAAAGACCUCGGCUACAAUUAUGUGAACAUAGAUGAUUGUUGGUCCGACAAAUCUAACCAACGCGACAACGUCACAGGAAGGAUCCGUCCUGACUAUGCCAAGUUUCCGGGUGGCAUCAAACAUACGGCAGACGAGGUCCAUAAGCUCGGGUUGAAAGUCGGCAUCUACGGUGAUGCUGGCGACACAACAUGCGGUGGAUACGCUGGCUCACUGGGACACGAGCAAAUAGAUGCAAAAACCUUCGCCGAUUGGGGCAUCGACUACUUGAAGUACGACAACUGCGCCGUUGCUGAUGAAUGGGACGACGAGUACCGAUGGUGGCCAGAGAAUUGGCUAGGAGGUCCUCCCGCUGAAGACCAGAGCGCUGGCGGAGAUGGUGAAGCUCGGCCGAUCCCAGCGCCCGCGGGCUACGAUUGGACGACCUCGAAGAGCUUCACGCGUUACAAGACCAUGAGUGAUGCCCUCCUCGCAACAAAUCGUACUAUUGAAUACUCGCAAUGUGCCUGGGGCCAUGCCCACAUCGAGCAGUGGGGUAACGCGACUGGCCAUAGCUGGCGCAUGUGGGGAGACAUCUACCCAGAGUGGUACGACAAACAUCAGUAUUCUUGGGGCAUCAUGCCAAUCCUCAACCAUGCAUCCUUCUUUAACAACGAUACCGACUUCUGGGGUCAUGGCGACUGGGACAUGCUUGAAGUUGGCAAUGGAAACCUCACCCUACAAGAGAGUCGAUCUCACUUCGCCCUCUGGGCUGCUCUGAAGUCGCCUCUAAUCAUCGGCACCCCUCUUCACGGCAUCGAGCCGGAAAUCUUGGAGAUUCUGAGCAACAAGGAGCUCAUCGACUUCAAUCAAGACCCAGUCUUUGGUGCUGCAGCCAAACCUUACAAAUGGGGUAUCAACGCCGACUGGACUUGGAACCAAUCGCAUCCCGCCGAGUAUUGGAGUGGGCGGUCUUCCAAAGGUGUACAUGUAUUUGCAUUGAACACACUGAAUGCGACCCAGACCAAGGCCAUCGACUUCGCGGAGGUGCCUGAGUUGGAUGCGGAGGCUGAAUACACCGUGUUCGACUCAUGGACUGGAAAAGAGCAGGGGAACUUCAAAGGACGGUACGAAGCAGUUGUUGAGUCGCAUGACACCGCGGUUAUCCGACUCAUUGAGACGAGCGAUGCUGGCUAUGGCGCGUCGCACUAUCAGUUGUAA